CUCGUUUACACACAUGCACACGCUCCCCCAGUCAUGACUGAGUGACGGCAGGUUGCUAUGGAAACUGCGUUACGCUCCGGGCAGCGGAGGGAGAAAACAAGAACGCGAGGACUCGUUUCACUCCUCAUUUCAGCACCGCGCUCCCGGACAGCGCCCGCAUGAACGCCGGCGACGCGCAGCCGGAUGAGUCUGCCCAGACUUGGCGUAGAGACCCGACAGGCGAAACGCGCAUCGUCCCCGCGACGCAACCGCUUCGGCUCGGUGGAACCUCGAGGUUCAGUCCCGCUUUCACGCGCAGGAGCCAGACGCUCCCUUAAAUGCCACAGCAACAGGACAGCAGCAUGUCUGAAAGGAAACCCGGCCAGCGGUUUCACAGCUUGAACGCUGAGCAGGUGGAGGUCCUUCAUCAGGUUCUGUCGGAGGUGGUCCCAAUCCACGGCCGCGGGAACUUUCCCACGCUGGAGCUGCGUCCUCGUGACAUCAUCAUCGCCGUGCGGGCCAGGCUGCAGAGGCAGGGCAUCACGGUCCGUGAUGUCCGCCUGAACGGCUCCACAGCCAGCCACGUGCUUGUCAGAGACAACGGAACCAGCUACAAAGACCUGGACAUCAUCUUUGGAGUCGAGCUGCCCAGUCAGGAGGAGUUCCAGGUAAUCAAAGAGUCAGUGCUUGGCUGUCUGCUAGACUGCCUGCCUGCCGCCGUCAACAGAGAGCGGAUAAGCAACGCCACCAUGAAGGAGGCCUACGUCCAGAAAAUGGUCAAAGUCUUCAACGAGCACGACCGCUGGAGCCUCAUCUCCCUGUCCAACAACUCUGGCAAAAACCUUGAGCUCAAAUUUGUGAGCGCUUUGAGGCGGCAGUUUGAGUUCAGCGUGGACUCCUUCCAGAUCAUUCUGGACCGUCUGCUGGAGUCCUACAUGCAGCAGGACCUGCAGCACAAAAUGAACGCUUUCAACUUCAGGGACCGGCCGGAAGAGGGCCAAAAGAAGGAGCCCUCCUCCGUUGUCAGUGGGGCCGCCGCUCCGGAUUCAGAGACGUCCACGGGUAGAAGCGGGUCUCAAAUCAGCAGGUCGCAGAAAAAAGAUGACGUGCGCGAAAAGGAGUCUCAGACAGAAUCCCUUCAGGCGGAACAUCUUAACCAGACCAAACCCUCCACAGACGAAAAACCAUCUGCAGAACCAGAGGAAGGGUCUGAAAUCCUUAAAGAAAACCUUUUGCCAGAAAAGAAACCAAAGUCUGGAGAACCCAAGCAAAUGGCUCCAGAGGAACUCAAGCACAGGCUUGAGCUCGUAGACAAGACUCAAUCAUCGACGGUAACGGGACAUUUUGAGCAAACGAGUCCCAAAGAAGGCCCCAAACCGCCGGACGAAAAUCACCAGAACUUCUCUGCCGAAAGCAAAGCGGCGAUCCCCACCAAAGCGUCCGGCGAACAGAAAGAAGUAACAGGGCAGAUGGGAUGCACUGAUAUGCCCAGUAGCUCGAAGAAAAUCCCCGCAGAUAGUCCAAACUUUCCGGAGGAGCCUGAUAGCGUAGACAAAUCUGAUCAAACAAAGUGUUUCAGAGAGGAGCCGAGGAGUAAUGAGGCAGAUAAAACCCAACACGCGUCUUCUCCAGACGAUGGCGCGUCUUCACGUGCCGAGAUAGAGACUCGCCUCGCAGAUGAACGGAGAAUGGAAGCAGAGAGCGACGAGGAAACGGAGGGGAAAACUCCAGAGGAGACUUCAGCUUCAAAGGAAAGACAGACAGAAGACACGCAAAGCAUCGACUGCACCUCCUCCACCUCUCUUCCGCAUGGCAUAAGUGACACAGAGGAGAUCAGCAGCACCCAACACACAGAUAACUCAGAGAAAAGCGCAGAGCCGCUCGACGCCGUCGCCCCUUCAGAUACUCAGGAUGUUUCACCCGCACCGCCUGGCCUUGUUUCUGACAAAAAAACCUCGUCUUCUCCCUCGGGUAAGGUCUCAGACAGACUGUCGCAUAUGGUGGUCCUCAAACACUCAUCACCCAAACCCCCUCGUAGGAUGUGUCGAAAGGCUCCACCCAACCCGAACCUUACUCUUGAAGGUGAAUUCCUGGAUUUGCCCAUCCCAAAUUCAAAUCCUCAUUCCACGUCUGAGGUGAACCCGAGGAUUUUAGACCCUCCAGACACACCAGCAGAUGUUAUCUCUCCUGAGGCUGAUUCAGACAUGACUCCUAAUCCUUCCAAUAAGCUGUCAUCAAACUCUGGCCUUUCCUCACCCGCUGGUCCGGACUCUGAAAUAGUUUCCAUCGCGACUCUGGAUCCCACGUCUUUGUUACCUCAAGAGGCGUCCUCUUCUCCUCAGAUAAUCACAGGAGGUGGAGAUCUUAAAGAGACACUCGACACUGCCACUGAUGAGUUGAGCCAUUCUUUCCCUCCAGAAAUCCCCUCUGAUCUUCAACAGCCGGAGCUCCUUAAGUCGUUGAGAGCAUCGAUUUGCCUGUUCGACCCGCUGAGCCCCAACAGUCAGGAACCUGCAUGCGACCCUGACGAAGCUGAGGCUCCCGCAGAACAGACCCCAAACACAGACCUCAAUCCCGCCGGUCCACAAGACAUCACACCCACUUUACCUCUUUCUCCCAUUUGUCUCCCCCCUCCUGUGGUUAGCCUCACCCCCUUGCCCCCCAGCCUCAGCCCUCCGCCGUGUCUGACGCCUCCGUCGCCGAUGCUCAGCGCUGUAAGCCCUGCGACCAGCUUCAGCUCCCCACCUCUCAGUUUCAGCCCAGCGUCGUCCUGCCUCAGCUCGCCUCCUUACCUCACCCCCCCCAUGCUCAGCCUCAGCCCCCCUCCACUCUGUCUCACCCCACCCUCCCCCUGCCUCACCCCUCCCCUCCUCUGCCUCACUCCUCCUGUGGAGUCCGAGGAGCUCACGCGUCAGCUGUCCUCAGACAUGGAGCCUUUGAUCCUGAACGCCGAUGGAGCCGAGCAGGCCCUGCAGCCCCCUCCUCAGUUAGGAGUCCCCCUCCUGGAGGAAAAAAUGGAUAUCACUCCAGCAGAGCCUCAGGCUGCCGAGCCCGUCUCGUUUCCAAUCACCAUUCCAAGCUCCACCUCACACGUCCAGCCUCGCUCUUCAUCAGCAGGCCCGGCAGAUCCCGCCCCUCCCAAACCCAUUCAGGCGCCGGCCCCCAUCACUGAGACAAGAGAGGCUCCCGAGAUAACCACCGAUGUUUCUGAGCAGGGCAAGGCGUCGCACAUGUCUGACUCGGCCCCUGACGUGGAGGUCCUGGCAGAGAGCAUGUACGGCGACUUUGAGGCUGCCAUGGACCACCUGCGCUAUCGCCUGAUCGCCACCAGAAAUCCAGAGGAGAUCCGAGGCGGCGGCUUGUUGAAGUACAGCAACCUGUUGGUGAGAGACUACAGGCCCGCCAGCGAGACUCAGAUAAAGACCCUGGAGCGCUACAUGUGCUCGCGCUUUUUCAUCGACUUCCCCGACGUGCAGGAGCAGCAGAGGAAGAUCCUGUCCUACUUGAAGAACCACUUCAUCGGCGAGGAGAGAAGCAAGUACCAGUACCUGAUGACGCUGCGUCGCGUGAUAGACGACAGCACCGUGUGCCUGAUGGGCCACGAGAGGCGUCAGACCCUGAACAUGAUCACCGUGUUGGCACUGAAGGUCCUCGGAGAGCAGAAUAUAAUACCCAACACUGACCACGUGACCUGCUUUUACCAGCCCGCCCCAUACCUUGCCGAGCACAGCUCUCCUUAUCUAGCAGAACCCAGCUACUGCAGUUACUACAUACCGCAAGGGGGGUCGACUCUACUCUACCAGCCAUACCCCUUACACCUGCAUCCCCAGACCGGGCUGGUCUGAGACCUCCAAGAAAAAACUGCACACAAAACACACUACUGAGCAUUGGUCUGACCACACGGGAGCAGCCGGAGAGCAUAACGCAGGGAUUACCUGCUUGGUCUAUAAUAGACUGUGGGGGUGGGCUUGAGUGGGUUUAUUACCGCAAAACUCCCUCUGUAAGGUUCUAACGUGUAAUUACCUGGGCUUUUGUGGGAAAAUAACAAUAAGUCUAACAAUUCUUCCGAUAUUGUUUGGGUUGCAGAAAAACGCUUCAUGCACUGCAUGAGUCGUUGGGGGGGGGGGCUCUUUGGUCUCCCUUGGAAACCAACCGUUGACAUUUACACACUUGCACAGACACAGACACACAAACACACUUCCAGGUUCUUAAACUCUUGUACACUUUUUUUUCUAUGUUCUUACUGUGUCGUUCUCAAUGGGAUCGUUCAGAAUGUGGACUUUGCCUGUGGUUGAUAUCGUGCAUGGAUACGUUAGGACUGUUUUUCUCACUGCCAAAUACUGUGUGGAAUGGAUACUAUGCUUCUCAAACGAUUCCUUGUGACUUUGUAAUUCCUCCAGAGAGAAAAAAAAAAGGGGAAACUAUAGCGAGAGGAGACAAGUCUGCUCGUGUCACGCGGUAUUCUCAUCUCAAACAACACGCCGCAUGCACAACACAUUCUACACGCACGCAACCAAACAUCCAAUACUGUGUGCACAUGAAGUGAGACGAUGCAUGAGUAGCUAAAUAGAUCACAUCUGAAGUCGAAAUAAAGCUUUUCAAUGAUUAGAAAUUGAUCUAUUUUUGCAAGAAUUUCCCAGAUUCUAAAGACUGGUUAGUUCCUUAAGAAAAAAAAAGAAGCCAACGAUAAAUGCCUUUGGUGUAGACUGUAUAGCAUAUUGUUUACAGUAUACUGUGUGCAAAUACAAUGUAUUGUUUUUCAGGUAAAUUGUGUUGAAACGUAGUGCUUGGUUCCUUUCUCGCGUGGAGUCCAUUCUGUAACCGUGUGACAGUAUCGUAUCAUCUGGUGUGGAUUUGAUGCAGACGUUUAAUUCCGUUGUUAAGGUGGUCAGAUCCUUCAUGCAUCUUUGGGUCAUCCCUGAACACGGCAGAUGCAGAAUCUGCGAGGGCGGGAACUCGCGUCGACUCACCUUUCGAUUCGAACCGAGAAAACGGACAACGUGUUCAGAUUUAAACGCCAACGACAGCAAACUUUGACCAAAGAUGAUGGUUCAGUUGGGAAAUCAAGUGCCUCAAUGUUGAGACAUCGUCGGCAUGUCUUUUAUUUUCCUCUGCACUGUGGGUGUUGAAUGGGGAUUGGGGGGGGUAGGUCCAGGGCUGGGUGGGUUUAUGUUCAGCUGUUUGACCCCUGUUACUGCUGCUCGUUUUGAUGUCCUCUUUAAUGUAGUCUUUUGUUGUUAUUUAUUCAUGUACAUUUUGAUAAAAAAAUAAAAGAGAAAUAAUG